AGCGCCGAGCGAUGGGCAUCUCUCGAGACAACUGGCACAAGCGCCGCAAGACCGGGGGUAAGAGAAAGCCCUACCACAAGAAGCGGAAGUAUGAGCUGGGACGGCCUGCUGCCAACACGAAGAUUGGCCCUCGUCGUAUACACACAGUCCGAGUCCGAGGAGGCAAUAAGAAGUACCGUGCCCUAAGAUUGGAUGUGGGGAACUUUUCCUGGGGCUCUGAGUGUUGUAGCCGGAAAACAAGGAUCAUUGAUGUUGUCUACAAUGCAUCCAAUAACGAGCUGGUCCGCACCAAGACCCUGGUGAAGAACUGCAUCGUGCUUAUCGACAGCACACCAUACCGACAGUGGUAUGAGUCUCACUAUGCGCUGCCCCUGGGCCGCAAGAAGGGGGCCAAGCUGACUCCUGAAGAGGAAGAAAUAUUAAACAAAAAACGAUCAAAGAAAAUCCAAAAGAAAUAUGAUGAAAGGAAAAAGAACACCAAAAUCAGCAGUCUUCUGGAGGAGCAGUUCCAGCAGGGCAAGCUUCUUGCCUGUAUUGCCUCAAGACCAGGCCAGUGUGGCAGAGCAGAUGGCUACGUGCUAGAAGGCAAGGAGCUGGAGUUCUAUCUGAGGAAGAUCAAGGCCCGGAAAGGCAAAUAAACCAUCAUUCAUAGCUCAUGUAAUAAA